UGCCUGAGUGGCAGGAGUACCGGAAGUGGGGGUGCUGCUGCUGGUGUUGGGGCCCGAGGAGGGACGCGCCGGAGCCGGGCCGCCGGGACUGAGCGAGCGACAGACGCGCCACCCGCCGACGCCGCAGCCGCUUGGGGCCCGCAGGACCCUCUGUCUGAGUAUAGAAUGAGCCAAGGAGACUCAAACCCAGCAGCCAUUCCACAUGCAGCGGAAGAUAUUCAAGGAGAUGACAGAUGGAUGUCUCAGCACAACAGAUUUGUCCUCGACUGUAAAGACAAAGAGCCUGAUGUACUGUUUGUGGGGGACUCCAUGGUGCAAUUAAUGCAGCAAUAUGAGAUAUGGCGAGAGCUUUUUUCCCCACUCCAUGCACUGAAUUUUGGAAUUGGGGGAGAUACAACAAGACAUGUUUUAUGGAGACUAAAGAAUGGCGAACUGGAGAAUAUUAAACCUAAGGUCAUUGUUGUCUGGGUAGGAACAAACAACCAUGAAAAUACGGCAGAAGAAGUAGCAGGUGGAAUCGAGGCCAUUGUACAACUUAUCAACACAAGGCAGCCACAGGCCAAAAUCAUUGUAUUGGGUUUGUUACCUCGAGGUGAGAAGCCCAACCCUUUGAGGCAAAAGAAUGCCAAGGUGAACCAACUUCUCAAGGCUUCCCUACCGAAGCUCGCCAAUGUUCAGCUCCUGGAUAUAGAUGGGGGCUUCGUGCACUCGGACGGUGCCAUCUCCUGCCACGACAUGUUUGAUUUUUUGCAUCUCACAGGAGGGGGCUACGCAAAGAUAUGCAAACCCCUACAUGAACUGAUCAUGCAGCUGUUGGAGGAAACACCUGAGGAGAAACAAACCCCCAUUGCCUGACUGGCUCCCAUCAGUGGUAAUAGCAUCCCGGCUUCCUCAGAUCAGUUAUGUCACUGGCACUACAGAAUCCUUCUCUUUCUUAAGGCACUUUGCAUUGUAGAAUGUUCCUGGAUGUUCAUAUCUAGUGUUUGAAGGGGAGGAGGGAUUUAAAUUGAUUCUGUACAUAGAAGGUUUUGUUUGACACAGGAGAAAAAUUAGCCAAGGAAGAUUGUUGUUUAAAUUCAUUUGAAACCAGAAGGGGACUUUUUAGUUGUAUGUGUGACACAUUCGUUGAAGUAUCACUGUUUUUCCUAGGACAACAUCAAGCCUAAGUACCGAACAAAAUGAAGAUUCUUUUCUUGGCCUUUCUUUCUAUGGAUUAUGUCAUAUAUAAUAAUGAUCAGACUCACACCUACUUGGCUUUAAAACAUGUUGCUGUUUUUUCCCCCAAGGUUGGAAGGUUGUUAAUGUAGUCUUUUGUUUUUAUUUUGCUUUACUUACAUGUAUUCUCAGUGUUUUAACAUACAGCAUCAGAUUGGACAUACUUGUCAUUCAAAUGUGGGAGAUGCUAUAGUUACAAGUGAGUUUGUUCCACUCUCUUAGUCUUUCCCAGGCUUAGCAGUGAAAAAUAGGUUUUGCCCCAUUUGGGGGUCUCUAUGGAGGGUAUUAUUUUUAUGCUGCUGAAUAUCGUGUCUAUAAUAGACCCAUGCAUGCAGCCUUUCUGCCCUAUGGUUUUUGGUCCUUGUUGACAUUACAAGCUUUUAACACAUUUUUGACCGAGGAGCUCUGUUGCUGGAAGUGUUAAGUCUCCAGCCAGUUACUCUCAUGUAUUACUGAUGUGUGAUUCAUUCUUGUGUGAUGUUGUGUGCUCUAGAGUCUGUAGUGCUAGCCACAUUCAGAGUCUAUUUUGUUUUGCCUUUAAAACCUGUUACAGAUUCCUUUUUUGGGGGGAAAAAAAUGAGAACUCUUAUUUCCCAUUCCAUAAGCCCUGACAUCAUUUCAAGUUUUCUAGUAUCUUAAGGUGUAUAUUUUUUUUUUUAUUGGCUUAGUUUUUAAAUUAUAUCAGUCUAGAAAAAUUUGGCCUUUCCUUAUGGGGAAACGAGUGAAGUUGCUCUUCAGGAUGAGACAUUCUGCUUGAUCCCACCAGUUAGUAAAAAAGAACUAGGUUUGUUUAGUUUCCAAGAUUUCUCCUUAAUGUGUCUUCAUCUGAAAAUUUCUGCAAGACACCUCUUUAUAAUCUUAAUGGUUUGAGCUACAAGAACUGCCAUUUUAAAAAUAAGGUUUAAUAGAUGGUUUAUUGUUUAAUAUACCUAUGAAAUAUGUACAAACUGGAUCUGCAAACACAGUAUUUUCAACUGGACCAGGUGGGUAUUGAAGUAACCCAUCCAAAUGUGCUCUGUAAUAAGUGUGCUUAACGUUCAAGUUUAAUAACUAAGGCAUAUGUCUUACGUUUUGCUCGCAAGGCCAAUAGCAGUGCUUUUUGUGUGUUGGAGGGGGGGUUGCUGACUCGUGCUGAGAGCCUCUUCUGAUUAAGAGGGGUAGAACUUGGGUGGAUUUGUUUUCUUGUUAAGCCUCUUUUUAGGAAUUAUUUUUGUUUUUGUUUUUUGUCUUUUAACCAAAAAUACAUACUUUUUUAAAAUGUAUCAUGUCUUCAUUAACAACAGAAAAUACACGUUUACUGAAUUUUUACUGUAUUAAAAUUUCCUUUUUAUUUUUAGUAGCCCAGGUUCUUGAAUUUUUCAAGACAGAUUUUUUUUGUCCCGUUAGCUGAGUUAUAGUUCCUAGGAGUGGAAUUAAUGAAGCCACGGUUUUGUAUGUGAAAAGACAGGUUCCUAUGCAGAUCUUCUUCUGUCUGUCAGAGGGUGGGAGUAUGGUCCAAACACCAAUUAGGUUAUUCCGGCAGCAUAGGCUUUGAGCUUCCCUUAACUAAGGAUUAAUAUUGCUUUGUGAAUUGACCUUCAGCUCCUUUGCUUAUAUGUGUAAACCUCAGAUGUUACUAUAUUUUCUGUCUACCAGAGCUAUCCAGCAAUAGUAUUUGAACGACUGUCCUUUUAAGUAAAAGUCUGCCCCAUUGCUAAUGUUCACAUAUUGAGUCUGCUUUCAUUAGUUGCCAGCUUUCUUUACACUGCUUUAGGCAAAAAAUGUGCAUCUCUUUUUUUCUUUGAUUAACAUCCCCGUUUUCUACAGUGGCAGAACUUACUGCUUAAUCUUUAGAUUUAUGUAUAUACAUACGUAUAUAUAAAUUGAAUGCAUUGUCCAAGUGAAAUGUCCUAGUUGUCAUUGUGAUUAAGGGGCCAACUUUCCCGGCAGCUAGCAGAGGUAUUAUUCUGUUCCUUUCCCAGCAAAUUUUAAUUCCUUUGGGCCCCCCCCCCCCCAUUUCUGCUACACUAGGUGGCAGCAGGUGAUGGCACUACAAAGAUUUCUGUGGUCACAUCUGGAAUGUGGCAGGUGGAAGAUGCACUGCCGGGGUGACCUAGGGCCUAUUGUUUUGCUGCCCACAAUAGACUGCCGUGGGCAGUGCUCUGGCUACCAUCUUGGGUCUAUUUGGACUGUUGAGGGUAUCUGCCUCAACCUAAAUUUUUUGUCAAAAACCCAGAAAAACAAAUCUUGAGUAGCUUAUGCCCUGCUCUAAAGAAUUCUCUCUUGUUGUUAAAAUUCCAGUUUUCUUUUUAAUUUUUUUUUAACCUAGUCACUGUUUACAGGUGUAUGCUAAAGCCUGAAAUGCUGUUUGUGCUGUGGUGUAUGAGCAUUGCCAAUUUUAUAUUUAUUGCGGUGAAGCAGAAACUAAAAAUAUUUGAAAAUGUGGAGCAUGUCCAUGCUCUUAAAUCUCUGUGGGUGCAUGUGGGAGAAGUGAAUUGGGGGUCUCUUGAAAGGAGGCUUUUUGGAGUGGGGUCUCCCAGGCUUCUCCUUGGUGUUCCUGCAUGGGGAUCACUGCUGCUAGCUGAUGGGACCCUCCCUCCCCCAUGGAAGUUUGUGAUUGUGCUUUGGCAAAGUUUCAUUAACUAGUAGAUCUCAUUCUGUUUUAGUGCAUAUUUCAAUAUAAAUGUAAACAUUUCACUCAAAUUUGCUGUCUUUCUGCCUCCUUUAUCAUAGUGUAAAUUCCAAUGGAGAAGAGAAAGGGUGGUUUUCUCCCUACCUUAUCACAAGCAAAUUGGAUACUUAGAUCAUCUUGCUCCUGUUCUGUGGAACUGAAUGUACCAAGCUGACCCUCAUCAUUUAAUCUCCUCAGGAGUGUAGGAUGGUAGGGUGGGAUGAGCUGAUACAAGGAAUCCUAAGCAGAUAAAUGGGGAAUAUUUCAGAGUGGUUAAGACUAUCUUAACCAAAGGAAGUAUUUCAGAGUGGUUAAGAAUAUCUACCAGUUACAAACAGAAUUAGCUCUUAAACCAUUAAGUUGACCUUUUGACUCAUUUUCCUAAUUUCAGUCUUUAGAAUUUAUUCACAUUAAAUGCCCCAAUUUCCACUGUUUCUCCAUUUCUCAUAUUAAUAAUCACUAGAUUUUUACACUUUGGAAUAUCUACUGUUCCCAUCACGAACUUAAGUGCUUUAAAUUGAUUGGACUCUUCUGAGUUCCUGUGCCAUCUAGGAAGAAAAGCUUCAGCUUAAUAUUUCCCUUCUAUUAACCACCUAAACGUUUUAUGUAGGUGCAUCCCCAUUUUACUGUUGGCUGAGAGGCCCAGGGAGGUUUUGUAUCUUUUUCAAAGUGAGUUGUAAUUUAAAUGGGUGAGCUGGGAUUUGAACGCAGAUUUACGUCACUUCAAAGUCCUUGGUCUUGCCACUACUCAUUCAACCUCGGAUAUUGUUUUACCUCUAGAUUCUGAUUUACUGAGUUCAUGACAGACACCUCACUGGUUUCCUUUCAUUAGAAAGCCCCCUGGGGAUAAAAUGACACUCUUCUUGCCUGGACCAAGACAGCAGCUUCCUUCAGUCUUUCUGCAGUCGAUACACUUUUUAUUUUCAUCCUCCACGUGGCCACGGAAUUAGAAUUUCUUUCAAGUGCAUUACCCGGCCAAAUUAUUUCCCACCUUAAGACCAGCAGUGGAAUUAGAUUACGGUGUUAUGGAGAAAGAAGUUUUGGUGGUAUGCAUGAAGGGGUUCAAAAAGACUGCCUAGCAACUGUAUUAACAUGUCAAUAAGUUCAGAUUGACAGGAAGAUACUACUUGGGUAGAUAAGGCUCAAAAUCUAAAAGGAAACAGGAAAGUGUAAGUACAGUCAAAAUAAAUGGCAGAAAGAUAACUAAAAUAGUUGCCCGUUUCCAUAUGCUGAGGGUUGGGAGUGGGACCAUAAUUAGCUGAUGAAAACCUUGAAGGAGGGUUCACAUCAGACCUUCAGAACGCAGCCGCCUCACUUGAAGUCCACUCUUACGUGGGUCCAGAACGGUUUUGCAGAUAGUUUAGUCCGAUGACGCGUGGACCACCACAUCUGAACUGAAUGAGUGCUAUCAGUCUCUAACAACGGGACUACAGAGUCAGGACAGGAGCACGGAAGGUUCUCAUUUAUCUCUCUUGCCUCCCCAAGCUAAACAGCCUGCCCCAGUGCAGCUUCUUCAGAGAGCUAUGUGACUAGAACAAGGGUCAGUUACUCAACGGGUCAUCAGGGCCUAUCCUGAUGACUAAUACCACCAGCCACCCACCAAUAAUUACAGCUAUUGUUAUGCCAAUAGAAUGUUCCUGAGCAGCUAGAAGUUUCUGUGGUUUUUGUAACAUUCACUUCAUCACUCUUCACCACAGUGAUGCUAUCGGAUUAAAAUGGGUUGCUCCUAGAAGAGGUUAGAAUUUGGAGAUACUAAUCCGAGGCGUUUUUGUUUUUCUAGUUGCUCUCCCCCAUAUCAAAUCACACCAAGUUCCUCCCCAUCCCACCCCUACCCCAGAGGCCUUUGUCAGCAGCUUGCAGUUUCCCUUUAGAUCACAAAGCAGCUGUGAAAGCAGCCUGGGGCCUGAGGCUUUGACUCCAAACCAAGCCAUGUGGACGUCUAGGCCCAGGAGAAGUGGAAGAGACAGUAAGUAGUGUGGGGGAAGUUCCCUCACAGCAUCUAUUUGGGGGAAAACUGGCAAGGGGAAUCCAUCUCCUACUUUUCUCCAGCCAUGGCAAGGGUGAAAUCGUAAUUCAGCUACAUAUUGUUACAUAGCCAUGAAGUAAAGAUCUGAAAUGUUUUGCUAAACACAUGGUCUGUCUUUGGCCUGAUUUUAUGCUAUACCUCUUGCCUUUUGCUUAUUUGCUGACUUAUUUUAGCUUAAAUCGUCACAUCAACAAAUGCAUAUCAAAAAGCUAUAUAAAAAUACAUAUCGUUUUACACACUGAUCAAGCUUUGGCAGCACACCUGUAAAGAACUCAGGACACAUUAGUGUACUGCUGUAUGCUCACUGAUAAUCUCUAAUAAUUCAAAGAACUAAAUGUAACAUCCAGUCCUCUCCAUGACCUGGCCCUCUUCAGUUCAUAUCCACACACCUCUUACUUUGAACUUUCAUGACAAUGGCAUUGAACUUUGAGUCUAUGUCUUGGCCCCCAGUUGAGACCCCCAACUCUUCUGGAAUAUCCCUGCCCCUGGGAUAUCUUCCUGCUCCUACUUAUCUUUUAAGAACCCCUCAGGGAUGCCUCCUGGAGUGUUUUCUGAUUUCUAUUUCCAGCUCUGGUCUCUCAUCUCUUGAGUCCCCAUAAUACUCUGUGUAAACCUUUUAUCAUUGCACUUACUCUGUCCUAUAUGCUUACCUAUUUGUCUACACUGCUAGAUUAUGAAUUCCAUAAGAACAGAAAAUGUGUUUAAGUAUCUGUGUUCCCAGGACCUAGCUUGGUAACUAGUACAAACUAGGCACUGAAUAAAUGAAGGAAUGAAUGAACAGGAGAUUGAGUGAUUUGUUCAUGGUCUACUAGCCAGGAACUGUCAGAAGUUCAAGUGGAAUACAACUCUUGACUACAAUUCCUGUUCUUGCAGUAGGACCUACCACAGGCUGCUGCUGCUUGUGAGAAACAAUACACAUUGUUGCUAGUGGUGAGCAAGGGCAAACAGAAUUCACUUACGAACAACAAAAGCAAAGAUGCAGUACAUCAUACCUAUUACAAAAAUUUUUGAGACAUUUUCUGUAAUUGUUUGAUUAGAACUAGAUGGAAUUAAUAGAUAAUUUUUAUAGGAAAAAUGAAGCUAGAAGAAAAAGCUAGACUAGUUCAGAGGAACAAAGGUAUUGCGAGAGAAAAAUCACCUUUGUGAAGGCUCCAAGGACCAGUGAAGUAACAUGAGAAGCUACGGGCUGUGGCCUGUAUCUGAGCCGAAGUGGGGGGGGGGCCUUUCUAUUAUUGAGAGCAACGGGGAGUAAGGACUGGGUAGCUGCACAUGACCUUUAGAUACAGCCAGCGAGGAGCAAAAGGCUCUUCAGUCGCAUCUUCUGAUUUCUUAGCCGAGACUCAGGCUUGCUUGAAAUAGAAGAAUGGCUGGCUCAUUUUUAUCAGUGAUCUUUAGAGACACAGAUUUGAGUUGAUCAAUUAUUUAUCUGCUUGUUUUCAGCAACCUGAUGACCAGGCUCGUUUCCUGGAAAGCUCUGAUGUUUCCAUCACAUGGCCACAGGGAAGCAGACCCAGGGCUUGAAUAUAUUGUGCACAUUUCCCAGUGUAAAUGGUGAAAGUCCAGGAUUAGGAAAUGGAAAGUGGCUGAUCUAUCUCUGGCAGAAAGUCCUGCUCACUUAGUCAAAACUGCUCUCUCUUGACUCCCCUCCUACUCUUUAGACACUUCAGGAUGAUGAAUGCAGUCAAGCCCAAGCCCAGCUCGGCUGUGAGGCAUUUAGAAGGACAAUGGAAGUGAGACGUGGCUCCUGAAGGCUCAGAAAGUUUAAUUUGCCUAAGGUGCACAACGCAGGGCUUUAGACCUACAACUUUCUGACAUCAAAGUCCUUGCUUUUUCCACAAUACCAUGAAGCCAUGUGAGUUUUGAGACCUUAU